GCAGAUGGAGUUAAAGUCAAAACGUGGUGGAAAAAAUCCAAUUUCUUUCACAUCAAAAUCAGCUGUGAACAUCAGUAUGGCCGCUCUAGUUCCUUGAAAAUAAAUAGUUUUUUGUAAAUUCAUACAAAAAAAUUGGAAAGUGCAGUUUUCGUACUUACACCAUUUAGUUAUAUCAUUGCAAGUGUCGGUGUGUUGUUGACUAAAAGUGUUGCGUCAUGACAGACUCUCUCUGACAAAUAAAAAUACAAUAAAAAUUGCGACUGGCGAAUUACGGCAACUGGCGCUCUGUAGCAUUUCCAUUUGGCCCGUGUGUAGUUUUGUGUCGUGCAGCGGCCGAUGGUAGUGCUCGUGAUAAAGCAGCUGUGAACAAUGAGUAGUGUAAGGUUGAGCCUGGUUUCCGUGGGCCGGAUAGCCGUGGGGAGAAAUUCUCAGUUGACAUCAGGCGUGCAAUCAUGCCGGCUGGCGCGCCGCGCUUGCCCGCGUCCGCUCAGCACCAGCGCCGCGCUGUGCAAGAGCCCCACCGAGCAGCCGCCCGCGCCGCCCUCCGCGCCGCCGCCCAAGGACACCGCGUCAGCAGGCACCACCGGCGGCUCCAAGAAGGGCGGCUCCGGGGUGCUCCAGUGCCCCAAGUGUGGAGACCCGUGCACCCACGUGGAGACCUUCGUGAGCUCCACCCGCUUCGUCAAGUGUGACAAGUGCCACCACUUCUUCGUCGUGCUCAGCGAGGUGGACACCAACAAGACGGUUAAGGAGAACGCGGAUAGCAAGUCCGGGUUUUACAGAAAACCGCCGCCCCCACCCAAAAAGAUCUUCGAAUACCUGAACAAGCAUGUCGUCGGGCAAGAAUACGCCAAGAAGGUGCUGUCCGUGGCCGUCUACAACCACUACAAGCGCAUCUACAACAACGUGAGCAGCGGCGGGACGCCCUCCGACUCGCACCAUCCGCUGCAUCACACGCAUAGAGAUGUCCUCCACCUGAGCCAGAGCGGCGGCGGCGCGGACGCGCUCGACAGACAGCAGACGAACAACGCGCUGCGGCUGGACAAGAGCAACGUGUUGCUGCUCGGACCCACCGGCUGCGGCAAGACCCUACUGGCGCAGACCAUCGCGCAAUGCCUGGACGUGCCGUUCGCCAUCUGCGACUGCACCACGCUGACGCAGGCCGGCUACGUGGGCGAGGACAUCGAGAGCGUCAUCGCCAAGCUGCUGCAGGACGCCAACUUCAAUGUGGAGCGCGCGCAGACGGGCAUCGUGUUUCUGGACGAGGUGGACAAGAUCGGCGCCGUGCCCGGCAUACACCAGCUGAGAGAUGUGGGCGGCGAGGGCGUCCAACAAGGCAUGCUCAAGAUGCUCGAGGGCGCCGUGGUGUCAGUCCCCGAACGCAACUCGCGCAAGCUACGAGGAGACGCCGUGCAAGUUGACACGACUAACAUACUGUUUGUGGCGAGCGGCGCGUAUAAUGGACUCGACAGACUAGUCCAGCGGCGCAACAACGAGAAGUACCUCGGGUUCGGCUCGUGGGACGCGCGCGCCGGCCGCCGCGCCGCCUCACAGGCCGCGGCCAGCGACGCCUCGCCGCUAGACUCCGCUGCCGCUGAGAAUGAGGACAGGGACCAUUGGCUGAGGAAGGUCCAGGCCAGGGACUUGAUCGACUUUGGAAUGAUACCCGAAUUCGUGGGCAGAUUCCCGGUGCUAGUGCCCUUCCACAGCCUCAACCAAGACCUGCUUGUGCGGAUACUGACUGAACCUAAAAAUGCUAUGGUAUCACAAUACAAGCUCCUGUUCGCCAUGGACAAGUGCUCGCUGUCGUUCAGUGAGUCGGCUCUGAGGGCCGUGGCCGCCCUGGCCAUGGAGAGGAAGACUGGCGCCAGAGGACUGAGGGCUAUCAUGGAGAACCUCCUCCUCGAGGUGAUGUUCGAGAUCCCCGGCUCCGACAUCACGUCCGUGCACAUCCACGAGGGCUGCGUGUCGCGCGACGAGCCGCCCACCGUCGCCCGCGCCGAGCGGACCGCCGCCCGCGCCGCCAACUGAGUGGACACCUGACGACACAUUUCAUGGACGAAUUCACUGGAUAAUUUCUCACGACGCCUGCUCAAACCGACCGUCGCUCCGUGAAGUCGAAAUAAUCCUUUGCGUGACCAAUGGCAAAAGCUACAUUCGACCAAUGAGGCUCCAGUAGAUUAAACAAUCAACCAAUCGAAUCGCUUGCUGUGCUGGGUGGCCGAAUCGUCACUCACUGAACAUGGAUAGACAUUUAAAAGCAUAAUGAUAAGGGAUAGUUACAAACAGCAUUUUCUAGUGAUCUCUUUUGCUCGCAACUUCAAGUUGAAAUACUAAUUUUGUUCUCCGAUCUCUGAAAUAGGAUUACGAAAGCUAAACCACUUUUGAGCGCGUCCUGAGAAUUGUCUAUUAGGCAAUACAAUGAAGUUGAGAUUCCAAAAUGGUGGAAAACAGACCUGCUUUCUAUAAUAAGCCGAUAGUGCGAGCGAGAGGCUAAUAUACUGGUCGCCAUUUUGAAGUUCCAGCUCUGUUUAUUUAACUCCAUCUCAUUGUCAUUACUACUCAUUGUAAAUGAAGUAACUAAACUAGCAUUUCUUAGUUUUAGUCUGUAAUCUCGAUGCUCGGUAAUCACUUUUAGACCAUAUGGACUAAAAUUUUGCUCUUCAAUUAAAUUGUAACAUACAGGCAUAUACGUUUCGGGUGUGUAAAUGACUCACUAGAUACAAUCAGCUGGGAAAUUCUUUAUAGAUCUAACCUUACAAAUCAUCGACUUUUAGCUGACUGUGCCUAUGUGAGAGCCAAAUUGAGCAAUGAAAAUUGUUGUCAGCGAUUUACUGUUUGGUAGUUCCUUAUUGAAUAGACUAACUAAUGUGAGAAAUUAACAAAAAAUAUAAAAAAUAACAAAUGUGUUGUCCCCUCCAGCAGAAUAAACAACACACAAGCUCUUGUGAUGUAAAUUAUUGUAAAUAAUAAUGAACGAAUAGAUGGAGAAUAUGUGUAAGGUAUAAUAAAACUAGAUAAUUUUUGUUUUACUGUUUCUAGCUAUGUUGUAAGUACGGAAAUUACGCGAAAAUUUAAUAAAAAUAUUUGUUACGAAAACUUUUGGUCGGACCUUAAAAAGUGAUGUUUUGACAAUUGUUAUUUUAUUAUUAAUAUUAUUUUUCAUUUAUAAAAUGAGAGUUGCUGUGUGAUUAUAGUGAGAUGCGUAAACGAUGUUUGAGCGACACCGAGGGCAGUGGCUGACGCUUUGUGUUUGUAAACUAGCAGUUGUAUAAUCACACUGCAACUAGUAGGUACAUAGUUUAAGCCUAUUUUCAGUUAAAAUACAAUGAAAACCAAG